AAUAUCGGGAUUAACACAGGAAUUAAAUAAGAUAGAAAAUAAAGAUAAUUGUGUCGUUGGGACUUUACCUCGUUUGAAAUUAAAAUUUUGGAAACGUUGAUAUUAUAAUGGAAUAUACACUGUACAGAAUUAGGUGGUGCUUUGUUGUUGUUGUUUUCUUUGCCAUCUUCACAAGCGAAUUUUCAUCAUGUGCUUACGGAAUCGUCAACAACAUAGUUACCAGAUACUUCAAUAUUUCACCAUCUUCAGUUGACUUGCUACCGAGUGCCACGUUUUUGGUUGGAUCCAUCGUUCUAGUUGUCAUGGCAUUAUUUCACAAUCAUAUCAGAGUUCGAGCACAGUGUAUCAUUUUGACAAUUGCUGGACUUUUGGGCUCAAUAACGGUGACAUUAGGAUUUCUACAUAACGACUUCUACUAUUUCGUUCUGAUGGGACAAAUUUUCAUCGGAAUUUCGGCAGGAAUAUCAUACGUCAUUCCGGUAAAUUUGGCAGCAAACUGGUUUUCUGAAAAGGAAGUCGGGACGUCAAUUGCGAUCGAAUUCAGCGCAAUUCAUGCUGGUCAAAUGUUAUCAUCUCUGCUAUAUCCCUUGCUAUUGAAUGACGUACUCGACAGUUCGAAAGGAAAGUUUGAUUCUGACAAAGUUCGAAAUGUUUUUGCAAUAGUUCUCAUCUCAUCGUCACUAAAGAAAACGUUUCCAGAUGUUCCAGAGUCACUCACAGGAACAAUUAGAAUUGCAGGCAAUAUGCUUGCUGUUUUUUUCUCCGUAGCAGCUGGGCCGCUAGUGGAUCGAUUUGGACGUUACAAGUUAUUUAGUGCUUUGCCUAUUGCUGGACUUAUACCAAGCUGCAUUUCUAUAUUACUUGCACAUCAUUUCAAGAGUCUGAAAGCGCUCAUAUUUUUGUAUCCGUUAACGAUGGGACUGCGUGGAUUUUCGGAAGUAACUCUUGUGGAAUAUUUAACAGAGGUUACCUAUCCUGCAGAGAAAGUCACAUUGAUGUGUGCUCAUUACAUACCUGUGCUCGUAUUCCAGAGUAUUUUCAUUAUGGUGGAAAGAGUUUUGAUGGAGACUUUUAACGAGACUAUUGCAAUAUUGGUACCUCUAACUGCUUCUGUGGUUUCCCUCCCCAUGCUUAUGGCAGUAACCUCAGUAUACCACCGGUCAAACGUGAACAAUUCUGAAAAGACUCCUCUCCAAACCAAGCAGACAAAUAAGACAUGUAUUAAAUAA